AAUAAACUCCUUCACGUUCUAUUUCCUCCGCAAGGGAAAUACGUCGUCACGCCGAACUACCUGCCCGCGCUCGAUGCGUACGGCUCCUCUGAGCCCGUGGUAUCAUACGAAGUCCAUAUCAGAAACGGGCCUGUGCUAGUGUUGCAAGUCAGGCCACGCUCGCAUCUAAAUAUCAAAUCGCAACGAGCAGCGGCAGACCGACAACUUGCUCAGCGUAUGCUCGAUAUCCAAGCUUCAUCGCCCUUAUCGAUCGAAUUCUACGGCAUCAGUGCUAUGGGCACCAAAAUCUGCUUUUAUACAUAUGAUCGCGUAGAAGGCCUCAGACCAGCACCUAUCCCGGCCACAACCGUGGCAGUCGAUACCGCACCCGUGUCGCGAUGGAAUGAGGACGUCCUUCGAUCCUCAGGAAGGCGUCGGUUGCGAGUCCUUGUCAAAGACAUCGAAGAAGGCUUGACAUCGUCAGACUCAGAUUCAUCUACAGCUCUAUCCUUCUCGUCUGACUCCGACGGGGACUCGAAUUAG